UCUGGGGAGACCUGGGAGGGCUCAGAAGAGAUUAGGAAGGAUUCUAAAGAUAGCAGGGAAGAUAUUGACGAGAUGAAGAAAGACAAAGAAGAGAUCCUGAACAGCCCUGACCAGGUCAGGAAGGGCUCUCCUGAUGUCAGGAAGAAGAAGAAGAUAAAGAAGAAAAGAGUUAAACAGAAGGGGGCUCUUGACCCCAAGAAGUUGGAUGUCCUUGAGGACAGUUGGUGGAAGGGGUCUCUUGAGUACCAGAAGCUGGAUUUUGCCGAGUACAAUUGGGUCUCGGUCGUCGAUAACAGGAGAGUUUCGGUAGACAGCAAGAGGAGUUCGGUCGAUAGCAAGAGGGGUUCGGCCGAUAGCAAGAGGGGUUCGGCCGAUAGCAAUAGGGGUUCGGCCGAUAGCAAGAGGGGUUCGGCCGAUAGCAAUAGGGGUUCGGCCGACAGCAAGAGGGGUUCAGCCGAUAGCAAGAGGGGUUCAGCCGAUAGUAAGAAGAGCUUUAGCCCCAAUAAGAUGGAUUUCAGUGAGGACAGAGACAUAUCUCAACCGGCCCUUUCCAGGGCCAGGGCGCAACAAAGCAAGGUGCCAUGGGCCCUGAUGAGAGCAUUGGGUCGUUUCAAGCUGUCCCUCCCAGAUCUCCGUCGGUAUUAUAAUCUGACCUCCCACGACCCCCUGGCCUUAGACAAGGAUCGUCAGCCACGUGAGAAGAGCCACAUGGCUACAGUGAGGAGGAAGUUCUGGGGUAACCAGCAACCGCUCUCUAAGAUCCCGUAUAAGAUUCUGAUCGGGCAUGACCACAUCGUGAGUUCCUGCCACUUUUGUAUGAAUGACACAAGGUUCCUCAGUAGCUCCUACGACUGCUCAGUGAAGCUGUGGGAUGCUGAAGACGGAACUGUGGUUUGGGACUUUGAGCCACGACCCAAAGCUCCUGUUUUAGAGUGCAGCAUCACAGCUGACAACAGAAGGAUAGUGGCGUCAUCCUAUGAUAAAACGGUGAGGGCUUGGGACGUUGAGACAGGUCAGCUUCUGUGGAAAGUCAGGCACGAUACCUUCGUAGUGUGCUGCAAAUUCUCUCCCAAUGGGAAGUUCGUGCUGUCAGCCUUGGAUGUGGAUCGCGGGAUCUACCUAAUGGAUCCAGAAAACAUCACCACCGUGAUCCAUAUGAAAGAUCAUCACCAAAGGUCCAUCACUUCAUGCUGCUUUGACCCUGACAGCCAGAAGGUGGCUUCUGUCUCCAUGGACAGGUGUAUCAAGAUCUGGGACAUCACAUCCCGAACCACGCUGUUUACCAUUCCCAAGGCACAUUUCAAUGCCAUCUCAGACUGCUGCUUCACCUCCAGUGGCCACUUCUUGUGUACCAGCUCCUGGGAUAAAAACAUAAAAAUCUGGAAUGUCCACACGGGGGAGUUUCGAAACCGAGGAGCCUGCGUGACUCUGAUGAAGGGCCACGAGGGCUGUGUGAGUUCCUGCUGCAUUGCCAGAGACAGCUCUUUUCUCAUUUCUGGUGGAUUUGACAAGACUGUGGCUAUUUGGGAUGUAGGAGGUGGCUACCGGAAGUUGGCAUUGAAGGGCCACGAGGACUGGGUGACGGAUGUUGCUAUUAGCAACAACAAGAAAUGGAUCCUCUCGGCUUCAAAGGACAGCUCCAUGAGACUAUGGAAUAUUGAAGAAAUUGACAAAAUUCCUUUGGUUUCUGAAAACAAAAAGGCCAUGGGAUUAAAGGUCAGGCAGUGCAGGAACUGUGACCAGCUUUUCUCCACCUUAGAAAGUGACCUCCAUUCCCAACUAUCCAGCAUGUGUCUGUUCUGCCGGAGAGAGGAGAAGUGCUUACUGCCUAGUUCUUCGUCAUCAUCUUCGUCGUCAUUGUCACUGGAGAAGACUGACAGCUGAUGGCCGCUGAGCCCUUUUGAGUACUGGUGCACGGGCCACCUGUUGUACGUUGUGCAAUGUUCUUCAGGGAGGGCUCUGCUCUGAGUUCCGUCCCAGCAGAAUGCACUCAUCAGACUGAGGCAGGGACCAGGCCCUGACUGGACUCUCAGAAUGUUGCUGCCUCUUUGCCCACCACAGAGUCCUUCA